AGGAAUGGAGGGAGGAGAAGAAGCUGGAGCGGAGAUAAUGGUUGAUUCAAAGGACUUACAGCAACAAAGCAAAGCUUUAGACAAGCUUACCGAUCGCGUCGAGGAUCGCCAGCUCGAUUCUAAUCGUGUUCAAUCGGCUAUGGCUUCGAUUGGUGCUUCUAGGGAGGCUGAUCUGAAUGCUAAGAGAUUGAGGGAGAAGGAACUGGCUUCUGUUAAGAUCAAUGCUGCAGAUGUUGAGCUCAUUGUAAACGAACUCGAGCUGGAGAAGAAUGUGGUGGAGAGAACACUAAGGGAGCACAAAGGCGAUGCAGUUGCUGCAACUAGGGAAUUGCUUUCCCGAUAUCCUCUUUGAUCGAUUCAGUACCUGCUUUACUUCUUGCAGUUUCUUUUGUGUGUGAGAGUAAGGUGUCCGAUCUCAUGUUUGAAGUUUCAGUGUUAAACUUAUGAGAUAUUAUUGCAACAAUGGCACAUGCUAAAGCAAAACAAAAAUAUUAAGUUUUAACAUUAA